UGGAAUUUUACUUAAGUUUUACGAUGAAGUGAGAAGCUUGUAUGGUCCUUCACUUGGUGUAAUGAAUGAGUUUGUGAAAUAUACAGAAACGAAUUAUCGAAAGAUGGAAGGCGCAGCUCAAAUACUUUAUGGCACGAGAAAUGAUGUGCUGAACAAAAUAAAUAAGGAUAAGGAAAAUGAGCCUACCCAACAAUGCCAAGCGUGGAUUGAUAAGGUCAAUCAACUUGAAAAAGCAGUGAAGAUUCUGGAAUCCGAGUAUCCCACUGCAGAAAAGAAAAGCUUUAGGGAGGGUUUUGAAUUUAGCAAAGUCCUGGAAAAGAUGCAUGAUGAACUACAAAGUUGUUUGGACCAGGGGAGCAAAAUACAAGUAUUGGUGGAGAGAAUACCACCCAUUAUUAGAGUCCCUGCACCAAAAAUAGAAGAUAAGUCAUCACUCUACACGGUUUUUACAAAGAUGACAGACUAUUUUGAAGAUGAAAAUGUAGAAAGAAUUGGACUUUGGGGGACAGUAGGAGUUGGGAAAACGGCAAUCAUGAAAAAUUUAAAUAAUAGUGAACAAGCUAAUGCAUUAGAUAUAGUCAUUUUUGCUACUCUACCUGACGAAAUGAACCAAGAAAAUUCGAAAGACGAAAUGAAUAAAGAAAAAUUGAACUGUGAAAAUGAAGAGUUAAAGCUCAAAGCUCUGGAGUUGGAAAAAGAAAAGUUGAGGGAGCUAAAGCUCAAAGCUCUGGAAUUGGCAAAAGAAAAGUUGAGACAGGAAAUCGCUGGACGGCUCAAGUUGAAAAUAGAAGGUAUGACCAAAAGUGAGAUAAAUUUUAGAAUAUCAGAAGAGUUGAAAGACAAGAAGUAUUUGUUUCUUCUCGAUGAUGUAUGGGAUAUAUUGGACCUAGAUGAUAUCGGCAUCUGCAGCAACAAGAAGGACAGCAAGGUGAUAUUAGCAUCAAGAAAGCAAAAUAUUUGUUGGGGUAUGGAUAUUGAUGCGAUUGAAGAGCUGAAACCACUGCCAAUAAAAGAAGCGGUUGCACUAUUCAAAGAAAAACUGGGUACAAAAGGCAAGCAUCUAGAAUUUAGAGGAGUUGCUGAGCCAGUUGUUAAGCAAUGUUCAUGUUUGCCACUCUUAAUAGAAAAAGUAGCAGGGUUUUUCAAACAGAAAGACUCCAAGAAUUGGCGGAAAUUGCUUGAGAAGUUUCAAACAUGGGAUUAUUAUGAUGUUGAUGGCAUGGUUGAAGUCCUCAAUAAAUUUAGAUUUUGUUUUGAAGAAUUAGAUCGUGAGGAUAAAAAGCUUUGCUUUCUCUAUUGUGCAUUACACACAGAAGGUUACGAAAUUUCCACCAAUCAUUUGGUAGAAUGCUGCAAAGCCGAAAAAUUCAUUCUUGAUGUGGCUAGUGGGCAUCUAAUAGUGGGUGAUCUAAUUGAUGCAUCUUUGCUGGAGAAAGAUGAGAAGAAGAAAUGUCUAAAGAUGAACAAAGUGCUUCGAAAUAUGGCGCUGAAGAUCUCAUCAGAAUGGGAAGAUUUGAAGUUUUUGGUAAAAGCUGGUGGAUUAGAAGAGCUGCUGAGUGAUAAGCAAUGGGAAGAGGCGAAACGGAUCUCUUUGAUGGACAACAGUCAUAGAUUGAGCUCCUUACCAGAAAAACUUAAUUGCAUCAAUCUCUCAACAUUGUUUCUACAAAGAAAUUUGGCAUUAACAGCAAUUCCUGAUAAAUUCUUUGAAUCUAUGCAAAAACUACGAGUUCUAGACCUCCAUGGCACCAGAGUCAAAAAAUUACCAUCUCCAUUUUGCUUGGAAGGUUUGGAAGUGCUUUACCUAAGUUGUUGUGACCAAUUGUUGGAACUCCCCUCUGAAAUGAUACUUCAGAAUCUAGAGGUUCUUGACAUUCGGGGCACCGGCAUUUAUUGUUUGCCAAUUCAAAUUCGCCAAAUGAAAAAGCUGCGGUGCUUACGCAUGUCAUUUUCAAGGUAUGAUGUAGAAUCAGGCAAGGAGGAAGAACAUCAGGGUGUCAUCUCCAAUCUCUCUUUGCUGGAAGAAUUAGUCAUUGAAGUGAAAGCACAGAAUCGGUGGUGGAACAAUGUUGUAAAACAUAUAACAAGAGAGGUGUCUAGGUUGACAAAAUUAACUUCUCUUUCAUUUUGCUUUCAUGAUGUGGAAUCUUUUAAGAGCUUUGUUCAUAAUACUGAGCUAUGGCAAGAUCCCAACUUCACAUUCCAAUUUUGUGUCGGUCAGCAUGACUCAACCAGGUGCUUGAAAUCUGCAAAUGGUGAAAAUAUAGAUAAUGCAAUAACAAUAUCAAGGUUGAUUGUUGUAAGCAAUGAUACAUUAGAACUAAUUGGCCACAAGGGAGCUUUGAGCCUAUCAGACUUUGGCAUUGAGAAUAUUAAUGAGUUAAAGUGCUGCAUAAUUGAAGGGUGCAAUGAGAUUCUAACAGUUAUUGAUGCUCGUGGAACUAUGGAAAGUGUGCUAACUCGCUUGGAGAGGAUUUACAUUAGCAAUGUCCCAAUGUUGGAAAGUAUUUGGGAGGGCCAUAUACCAGAUGGAAGCCUAGCACAGCUUACUGUUCUUUGUUUAUCUGAAUGUUCAAAGCUGACGAAGAUAUUCUCCCCUGCCAUGAUUAAACAGCUUUCUAAACUUCAACACUUGCAAAUUGAAGAUUGUCCUGAAAUUGAGCAGAUAAUUGUAGAAUCUGAGAAUAAUGGGUCAGAACCUUUAGAGCUACCUAGUUUGACAGAAUUGGUGCUUCGGGACCUGCCAAAACUAACGAGCAUUUGGAAGGAGAAUCCAUUAAGUUGCCCUUCUUUAAGGGCAACUAAGAUUAUCAACUGUGAUAAAUUGAAGAGCGUUCUUAUCGCCUAAAAUAAUCAUUCAACCGGCUGCAUCUUCAAUUGUUAUUUCAAGGUUUCAGCUGCAGACUGAUUAGCAGGGCCCAUUUUCUUCCUUUGGGAUGCGUGUAGUUGAUAGGUCUCUAUUUGUUUGGCUUCUAUACUUCUCCAUGAAACACCAAUGGUGUUUUUUUCCAGACUAUUUGUUGUGUAUUGCUAUGUAAUGUCGAUCUUGAACUGCUUAUCAGUACUGUAUGUGUGAUUGUGUAUAUUGUGGGUGUUAUCCUGAUGUGAGACUGAAUCAUUGUGAUUACUGCUUAUCAAAGAACUAGUUCUUUAAAUAA